AUGGAGGCUGUGGCCAGCAUUGGCCUUACGGCUCCUGCCGCAGGCCUCGCCGCUGCAAGUUGCAAGAAGCGGGUAACCCUGUCGUCAACUUCCGCUCAUUUGGCUCCGAUCGCCUCGUCCGCCAAGGCCACUUCUCAGCGGCGCUCUCAGGAUCGCGUGAUUUCCUCCAGCAGCUUCAAAGCUGAUGUGUCGUCCCUCGUCGCGGAGACCCCGAGGCGGAGGCACCACUCCCGCCGGUCACUUUCCGUCCGCGCGAACGCCGCUGCUGCCGCCGCUGAUUCCGGCGAGCCUGCCGGAUCGAUCGCGAAAGCUCCUUCCAAGAUCCUGGGCGUGGAGGUGAUCACAUUGAAGAAGAUCAUCCCCCUCGGUAUCAUCUUCUUCUGCAUCCUUUUUAACUACACCAUUCUCCGUGACACCAAGGAUGUGCUCGUUGUGACGGCGCCCGGAAGCGGUGCCGAGAUCAUUCCGUUUCUGAAGACAUGGGUGAAUCUGCCCAUGGCGAUCGGCUUCAUGCUGCUGUACGGCCAGAUGGCGAACGUGUUGAGCAAGCAAGCGCUCUUUUACACGUGCAUCAUUCCCUUCCUCGCCUUCUUUGGAAGCUUCGCGUUCGUGAUCUACCCGCUGCGCCACGUGCUGCAUCCGACGGCGUUCGCGGAGCAUCUGCUCUCGGUGAUGGGCCCGCGGUUCAUGGGUCCGAUCUCCAUUCUGCGCAACUGGUCCUUCUGCCUCUUCUACGUCAUGGCUGAGCUCUGGGGCAGCGUCGUCGUCUCCGUCCUCUUCUGGGGCUUCGCCAACCAGAUCUGCACUGUCGAUGAGGCGAAGCAGUUCUACCCGCUGUUCGGUCUCGGCGCCAACGUGGCGCUCAUCUUCUCCGGCCGCACCGUCAAGUACUUCUCUGCACUGCGCGGGCAGCUGCCGCCCGGCGUGGACGGGUGGGGCAUCUCGCUGCAGGGCAUGAUGUCGAUCGUGGUGGCGUUCGGGCUCGUCAUCUGCGGCGUGUACUGGUGGGUCGACCGCAACGUCGUCAACGACCCCUCGCUGCCCAAGGGCACCGGCAAGAAGAAGAAGUCGAAGCCGAAGAUGAGCAUGGGCGAGUCGAUGAAGUUCCUGCUCAGCUCUCGCUACGUGCGCGACCUCGCGAUGCUCGUCGUGGCGUACGGAAUUUCCAUUAAUCUCGUCGAAGUCACCUGGAAGAGCAAGAUCAAGGCCCAGUUCCCGAACCCCAACGACUACUCGUCGUUCAUGGGCGACUUCUCGUCCAUGACGGGCAUUGUCACCUUCGCCAUGAUGCUCCUCUCGCGCGUCAUCUUCCGCAAGUACGGCUGGGGCACCGCCGCGCUCAUCACGCCCACCGUGCUCCUCCUCACUGGCGUCGCCUUCUUCGGCCUCGUGCUCUGCGGCGGCCCUCUCACGCCCGCGCUCGCGAGCAUCGGCAUGACGCCUCUGCUGGCCGCGGUGUACGUCGGUGCAGCGCAGAACAUCUUCAGCAAGAGCGCCAAGUAUUCCCUGUUUGAUCCGUGCAAGGAGAUGGCGUAUAUCCCUUUGGACGAGGAGACCAAGGUGAAGGGCAAGGCUGCCAUUGACGUGGUGUGCAACCCUCUGGGCAAGUCCGGUGGCGCUCUGAUUCAGCAGUUCCUGAUCUUCGCGUUUGGGUCGCUGGCCAACUCGACGCCGUACCUGGGUGCUAUCCUGCUGGGUAUUGUGGUGGCGUGGCUGGCGGCUGCACGGUCGCUGGAUGCGCAGUUCACCCCUCUGGCCGCUGAGGAGCUCCAGGAGAAGAAGGCCGAGGCGGAGGAGAACAAGCCUGAGGAGGUUGAGCUCAAGUUUGUGAGUUCCAUCAACGACAAGGGCUUUAUUGAGGGCAAGUAUGUGCCUGUGUCAGAGGCUGAUGGCAAGACCCCCCCUGCUGCUUGA